GCUGUUGAGUUGCAAAAGCAUUGUGUCGCCUGCCAGCUAGCAAACUAGCUUCUGUUGUUGGUAACUGUUUAUUAAAGUAUUUCGACCAGGCAGGUGUAAAAGCGUCCUGACAUUUGUUGGUAAAGACCUGGAGACGUGAUUUAAAUAGCACCCGACUUGUGGUUUUGUUGUCUUGUCACACAAUUACGGCGAGAGUGUCAGCUAGCCGACAAUCAGUGCAGGCUAGUAGCGUCGUAUGUGUUUCUGUACUAGUGUCGGGUUAGCUCCAUAGCUAGCUGAGCCGCGAUAACACUCAGGAGGAAUGAACCAUAAGAGUAAGAAGAGGAUUAAAGAGGCGAAACGGAGCGCCAGGCCCGAGCUAAAGGAUUCAUUAGACUGGAUAAAGCACGAUUAUCAUGAGACUUUCGACCUGUCGCAUCACACCGUAAAGGACAACGUUGAGCGUGUGGACGCCCUUCAUGUCAGUCCUGAAGAGUUCAUCCAGCGCUUCGAGCGGCCCUACAAGCCUGUUGUCCUGCUGAACUGCCAGGAGACCUGGCCCGCCCGAGAAAAAUGGACUCUUGAGCGCCUCAAACGCAAGUACCGCAACCAGAAAUUCAAGUGUGGGGAGGACAAUGACGGAUACUCAGUGAAAAUGAAGAUGAAGUACUACGUGGAGUACCUGGAAGCAACCAGGGACGACAGCCCGCUCUACAUCUUUGACAGCAGCUAUGGUGAACACGCCAAGCGCCGGAAGCUGCUGGAGGACUACCAGGUGCCCGUCUUCUUCAGAGACGACCUGUUCCAGUUUGCAGGGGAGAAGCGCAGACCGCCGUACAGGUGGUUUGUGAUGGGCCCGGCCCGCUCCGGCACCGGCAUCCACAUCGAUCCGCUGGGCACCAGCGCCUGGAACGCCCUGGUUCAGGGCCACAAGAGGUGGUGCCUGUUCCCCACCAACACCCCCCGCGAGCUGAUCAAGGUGACCAGAGAGGACGGAGGCAACCAGCAGGACGAGGCUAUCACCUGGUUCAAUGUGGUUUAUCCCCGCACCCAGCAGCCCAACUGGUCUCCCGAGUUCAGACCACUAGAGAUCCUCCAGAGACCUGGGGAGACCGUGUUCGUUCCUGGCGGAUGGUGGCACGUGGUCCUCAACUUGGACACGACAAUCGCCGUCACUCAGAACUUUGCCAGCACCACCAACUUCCCCAUCGUGUGGCACAAAACCGUCCGAGGCCGGCCCAAGCUCUCCAGGAAGUGGUAUCGUAUUUUGAAGCAGGAGAGACCUGAUCUGGCAGCUCUGGCAGACAAAGUGGACCUGCAGGAAUCAACAGGCAUCGCAUCCGACAGCUCCAGUGACUCUUCAUCAUCGUCAUCCUCCAGCUCGUCUGACUCCUCUGAUGCUGAGUCAGGCUCCGAGGGUGACGCCAUGUCUCACCGCAGGAAGAAGAGACGCACCUGCGGCAUGACGGCCAACGGAGACACCCGGAGCCAGGACGACUGCGUCAGCAAGGAGAGGAGCUCAUCACGGUGACCCCAAGCUUUCCGUCCGGCCCCGCCCACCCAACCCCCCCCCCAGCGGUGACUCCUCCUCUCACAAACACACCUGCGACUCCCAGCUGCUGCUAGGCUAGUGUAGGUAAACCCCCCUGUCUGUCUGUAGAGAUAACACGGCAGAGAUCAAGGAGGAUUUGCUGGAGACCCGCCACCACUGUGCUUUUCAACACCAAUCAAUAUGUGUUUGUCUGUGUAGCUUCUGUAGUGAGAGGAGACGGAGGGGAACAUGAAGAUGACGGACUGGUCCGGGUUUGAGGGCGACUCCAAGAACUUGUUGUUGGGCUUUAAAACUCUCUUGUGCUGCUUUCUGGUGUGAAGUUGUGAGGAAAUCUGGGGAUCUUUUAACUGUAAGAAUGAUAUUUGUUGACACAUUCAGCCAUCAGAAAAGGUGUGAAAACAUGAAUCCUAAACACAAAGGCCACCGCAGCAGUGCAGGUCUUCUGGUUCUGGACAGGAUCACCAGCACUAACAGACACCUAAACUUUAACAAUAUUAAACUAACACAUGGGCCUCUAGUUUCAUGGUGGUAAACUGGCGCUAACAGCUGAUCAACACUCGGUCAGAUCAGAAACUGUCAGCGCAAAAAAAUUCACCCACAAAACAACAGCUGGGAACAUGUCAGUCACAAUAUCUGUCCAAGCUUCUUUGUUUUCUCUGUGCCAUUUAUUCCCCUUUGACAUUUUGCCCUUAAGAUUUUACCAGAGCUGCAACUAACGGUUACUUUCCUCAUCAAUUAAUCUGUCGAUUGCUUUCUCGAUUAAUCGAUUAGUCCAU